GAGUGGAUAAGCGCGGUCGGUGCGCAGAAGGCAUCAGGUGCACACCAGGACGAGCUCCAAGACGCGCAGCGGCAACACCGAUGCAUGGCGUACAGAGAGAGGAUCGUUUACAUAUAUUACGAAUGUGAGGUGAAAGAAUAAUUUGGGGGAUUUAGCGAAACCUUGAGAUAAAAGAAACAAGAAAGCUCAUGGAGACGCACCGGACCACAAACCCUUGCUCUUAAAACUGUCAUGAAGCAGCAGCAGCAGCGGGGCGAAGACCUCUCAUAGGUAAUUUUUUUGCAGCGUUUUAAGUUCAUCUAAAGAGGGGGAAAAAAUAAAUCAUGAACUUCUCGGAGUCUGUGUGGCUCUUGGAGGAGCCGUGGAACCUCAGCAGAGCGCAGGAGGAGGACCAGCAACUUUUAUUCGGGAUCGGCACGGAUAAUUUUAUCACGCUGCUGGUUUUCGGGCUCAUCUUUUCGCUCGGGGUGCUGGGCAACUCCAUGGUGAUCACUGUGCUGGCCCGGAGCAAACCGGGGAAACCACGGAGCACCACCAACAUAUUCAUCCUCAACCUGAGCAUAGCAGACCUGUCUUACCUGCUCUUCUGCAUCCCUUUCCAGUCCACCGUCUACAUGUUGCCGACGUGGGUCUUGGGCGCCUUCAUUUGCAAAUUCAUCCACUACUUCUUCACCGUGUCCAUGCUGGUGAGCAUCUUCACCCUGUCGGCCAUGUCCGUGGACCGAUACAUCGCCAUUGUGCACUCCAGAAAAUCCUCCUCUAUAAGGGUGGCGAGGCAUGCCCUGAUCGGGGUGGUGGUGAUUUGGAUACUCUCCCUGGCCAUGGCUGCGCCAGUCAUGUAUUACCAGAACAUUUUUCACAGCGGACAGAAUCACACGUUCUGCUGGGAAGUGUGGCCCCCAAACCAGAAGAAAGUCUAUGUGGUUUGCACGUUUGUGUUUGGUUAUGUGCUGCCUCUGCUGCUGAUUUCCUUCUGUUACGCAAAGGUUUUAAAUCACUUGCACAAAAAACUGAGAAAUAUGUCCAAAAAGUCAGAGGCAUCAAAGAAAAAGACUGCUCAAACUGUCUUGGUGGUGGUGGUGGUGUUCUGCCUCUCUUGGCUCCCUCAUCACGUCGUACACCUGUGGGUGGAGUUCGGGACCUUCCCGCUGAACCAGGCCUCCUUCGUGUUACGGGUGGCCGCCCACUGCCUGGCGUACAGCAACUCGUCUGUCAACCCGGUCAUCUACGCCUUCCUGUCAGAGAACUUCAGGAAGGCUUACAAGCAAGUGUUCAAAUGCCAGAUCGGCGGCAGGGACUCCGCGCUCAACGACGUCAAGGAGAUCCGCAGCAAGGCGGACACGCCGCCGUCGACUAACUGCACCAACGUCUGACUGACGAAGGUGUGGACUGUGACAUGAAAAUGAAGUGUGGCGACUGUCCCGCUGAAACGCAGUGUAAAGUCAUGGGGACAGAGCCCUCAGACGUGAGUGGGGGUGUGUGUGUGUGUGUGUUUGUGGUUGUUUUCCUUGUAGGUAAGUAUGGUUGCUUGGAUAUUGCUGCAGCCAUGCUGUUCCACAUGAGCGCUGUUCAUUACACCUGGACCCGAGGGGAGGAGACAAAGCCACUGAGGCUUCAGGGCGUGAUCGGUCUCUGUUUCCUUCUUUCAGGAUAAAAAACCUGUUGAGUGUGAAACUCAGGAAAAUGAUCCUCUCUCUUAAACUCAUUUUGAUUGUAGACAUAUGUCACAUCACCAUAUAUUUACAAGCCGAUACAUAAAAAAAAAAGACGAGGUCAUUGUACUUUCAGACUCGGAAAGUAUUAAAAAUCUCAGUUGGUAGACUUUUUUUCAAGACUAUUAUUGCGUCAUAUUGAGUGACAAGUGUCGUGUGAAUGCAUCUUCUCUGUCUGAAGGGCAGUGUUGGAAACUGUUUCGUAACAUUUUACAGAAUUGUGAUUACUUUCUUUUUUAGGAACAAGCGAGGGAUUCAAAUUGUUAAAUUCAGCAACGAUGACACCAACUAGUCCCAGUAACGCUCUGUUACUUUGACGCUUCAAGGGUCCAACCUGUUUGCUUUCUGAUGAGGAACUAGAUGGUUGGAUGUGCGUUCAGUGGAGAAACUGGUCUGGGACAUGUUAGCUUGGAUAGCUUGAUGCGGGGGGGGGGGCUGGAUGCAGCUAUAGCCUCUUUAGAAAGAGCAGAAAUGCGGCUCCUGGUGGCUCCAAAAUUGUCGCAAAUGUACAUGUUGUAAAUUCAGGCAAUUUAAUGUUAGAAAUUAAAUUAAAUUACACCGUUCAGAGUUGGAGGGCGUGUGAACGGAACUACAACGAUACACUCAGAUCAGUCAGACCUCAGGUAGCUGUCUAAAUGUAUUCGUUGCACAAAGCUCUCUAGUUGUUGACUAUUUUAAAGAUGACUGAUUUGUCAUAAAUUUUGGGCAAAUUAAGACCAAAAACAGAGCGUGAAACAGCGUCAAACUGCUCAUCUCCCCUCACUUCAGCAGUUUGCCCUUUUGGAGAAAUUCAACAGUUACAAGGACAUUUUACUUGGGCAUAGAUGGGUGGCAAGGCAAGGGCUCGGUGCUUCUGCUAACUCAUCGGUCAGGCUCUUCAUAGUUUCCUUGGGCAAACAAAAAAGGGCCGACGAUGUCCUCAGUGUUGUAUAUUAUAGCCGGUUACCAUGGUCGCUAGAGGAUCUCUGUCCCCUUCUCAGAGACCACAACACAUGAGCCAGUGGGUGGCACUGGUCAGCAGGUGUCGCUGAUUGUUACCAUAGAAACCUAUUCUCCACCAUGGGAAAAUGGCCCUGAAGGCGUUUUGACAUCUGGAAAAACAGCUUUUGCAAGUGCCUCCUCAAUUAUAGUACAUUUUCAAAUUUGCAGAACCCAGCCCAGAUUACACACACACACACACACACACACACACACACACACACACA